CACCAGGCAUAAGCAGUGAGUGAGUGCAGCGACCUUCGAUCAGCUAUAUCCAGCAUCGAUCUGGUCAUGGCUGUAGCAAUGCUCCCGAGGCUCGUUGCCGUGGCGGCGCUGGUCGUGCUGAUGUGCGCCGUUGCUGUGGGCCAGGUACCUGCCGCCGGCGGUGCGCCGGUGUGUGACGGUGUCGAUCAGGACGUCGUGAAUGCGUGUUUCAAGAGCUUUGGAGAAGGUAUGAAAAAUGCCAUUGCAAAUAGGCAUCUUUCGGGGGGUAAGGUCAUUAAGGUUGGAGUGGACUGCUGCAUCGCCUUCGGAGGCCACUCGUGCCUCUGCAAGAUGAAGAAGGCGUGGAAGGCUCAGGGCAAAAGUGCCCAAGAUAAUGUGCAGUGCGUCAGGGAAAAGGCAUGUUAGUGAGCGCGUCAUUCAUGCAAGACUUUUGGUUCGUUGGAUAUGUGUGUUUCUUGCAUGUUGGUUUCAAGCGGUCGAUGUCCACCUGCUCCUUGCUUGCUUUUUACUUUUUUUUUCAAAAAGGCACUUGCUUUUUUACUUGCUUAUGUCUGUCAUGCGAGUGUGUUCUGUUUUCCUAUGUAUGUGAGCGUUGAUCGGUCAGUUAAGUCUUUAUAGUUUUGUACCAAUCAGAAAUAAAUGUGGGUGGAAUUUCUUGUUUCAUCC